AUGGUCCAGGGCUCCGUGUGGACGCGCCUUGUCUACCCUCUCGGGUCCAUCCUCGGAGUGGAAUCGCGGGGUCACGGGGCGGUGUCCUCUGCCAGCGCAGCCGCCCGGGCAGGGCAGCUCCUCCCACGACACGAUGCAGAGCGCGCUGCCCCGGGGCCCUGUUUCCGCCUAGCCGCCCGGGUCCCCGCCGCUCUGGGUGACGGCCUCGGCGCCCCCUGUUCGAGACCACCCCCCUGCCCCACCCCGGGCACGGGCCCCCUGGGGAGGCCCCGGAGAUGCCCACAGGCCUCCCGUCUGCUGUCCCCAGCGGGACCUAACUCCACACGGCGGCCACAGGAGGCAACCAUGGGGAGGCUGCGGCGAGCACUGGCCCGGGGGGCCGUACAGGUGUCUCUGAUCCUGUGCGCCCUGCUGGCGCCCUCGAGGGCCGUGGUGCGCGUCGUGCUGGCCGGCAACGGGAGCGCGGUGGACUUCGCGGGCUCGCAGGCCCUGUUCGGGGCGCCCCUGGCCCCCCAGGGCGUGCGUGGCUACCUGAUGGAGGCCAAGCCGGCCAACGCGUGCCACCCUAUCGACGGGCCCCCGCGGCCGGGCAACGGCUCCUUGGGCGCCAUCGUGCUGAUCCGCCGCUACGAUUGCACCUUCGACCUCAAGGUGUUGCACGCCCAGCGCGCCGGCUUCGAGGCGGCCAUCGUGCACAACGUGCAUUCGGACGAGCUGGUGCUCAUGGCCCACGUCUACGAGGACGUGCGGCAUCGUAUCACCAUCCCCUCGGUGUUCGUGGGCGAGGCCGCCUCGCAGGACCUGCGGGUCCUGGUGCGCUGCGACAAGCUGGCGCACGUCCUCCUGCUGCCCGACUACCUGCCGUGCCCGGAGCCGGACUGCCAUCCCUUGCUGGCCGCGUCCUGGGUCCUCGGCCGCGCGCUGGCCCUGCUGGCGUCGGCCGCCUUUGUGCUGCAGCGGCUGUGGAGGUGGCUGUGGGCCCGGUGGCACGCGGAGAGGGCGGUCAAGACCCAGGCGUGCCAGAAGGCACAGGUGCGCACCUUCACGCGGCACAGCGACCUGUGCGCCAUCUGCCUGGACGAGUACGAGGAGGGCGACCGGCUGAAGAUCCUGCCGUGUGCGCACGCCUACCACUGCAAGUGCAUCGAUCUCUGGUUCUCGCGGGGCGCCCGGCGCGCCUGCCCCGUGUGCAAGCAGUCGGUGGCCGGCACGGAGGACGGCUCCGACUCCACCGCCGACAGCUUCAGGGACGAGGACCCCUCGCUGCCCGGCCGCCGGCCCCCCGUCUGGGCCAUCCAGGCCCGGCUGCGUUCCCGGAGGCUGGAGCUGCUGGCCCGGGCCGGCCCGGCCCGUCACCACCGCGGUGCCACGUCCCUGGGGACCGUGGAGGCCGAGGCGUCCUCGGAGGGGUCCCCGGGUGCCCCCUGA